GGGUUCCAGGUUUCAGACCCAGGAAAGUGACAGAAGCUGUGCCUAGGAAGAGACCCAGAGAGAUCGCUGCGACCCGGCAGCCACCCAGUCUCGGGGGAGCAUUGAGCUCCCCCACCCCCGGUUCCCACCCGACCCGGGGGUUCCUCUAGCAUCGGCCCCACCCCCGGGGUCCCCAUGGAAGCCAGCUGCGCCCCGGGAGGAGCUGGAGGAGGAGUCGGCCACUUCCCGGAGCACCUGGACCACUUUGUGGAGAACAUGGAGGACUUCUCCAAUGACCUGUUCAGCAGUUUCUUUGAUGACCCUGUGCUGGAUGAGAAGAGCCCUCUACUGGACAUGGAACUGGAUUCCCCUGCUCCAGGCAUCCAGGCUGAGCACAGCUACUCUCUAAGUGGGGAUUCUGCACCCCAGAGCCCCCUUGUACCCAUCAAGAUGGAGGACACCACCCAAGAUGUGGAACGUGGAGCGUGGGCACUGGGACACAAACUGUGCUCCAUUAUGGUGAAGCAGGAGCAGAGCCCAGAGCUGCCUGUUGACCCUCUGGCUGCCUCAUCUGCCAUGGCUGCUGCUGCUGCCGCUAUGGCCACCCCACCACUGCUGGGUGUCAGCCCCAUCUCCAGGCUGCCCAUCCCUCACCAGGCCCCAGGAGAAAUGACUCAGCUGCCAGUGAUCAAAGCAGAACCCCCAGAAGUGAGCCAGUUUCUCAAAGUGACACCAGAGGACCUCGUACAGAUGCCUCCAACACCCCCCAGCAGCCAUGGCAGUGACAGUGAUGGCUCCCAGAGUCCUCGCUCUCUGCCCCCCUCCAGCCCUGUCCGGCCCAUGGCCCGCUCCUCCACGGCCAUUUCCACAUCUCCGCUCCUCACUGCCCCUCAUAAACUACAGGGGACAUCGGGGCCACUGCUCUUGACAGAAGAGGAGAAGCGAACCUUGAUCGCUGAGGGUUACCCCAUCCCCACCAAACUCCCCCUCACCAAGGCUGAGGAGAAGGCCUUGAAGAGGGUACGCAGGAAAAUUAAGAACAAGAUCUCAGCCCAGGAGAGCCGUCGCAAGAAGAAGGAGUAUGUGGAAUGCCUAGAAAAGAAGGUGGAGACAUAUACAUCAGAGAACAAUGAGCUGUGGAAGAAGGUGGAAACCCUAGAGAAUGCCAACAGGACCCUGCUCCAGCAGCUGCAGAAACUCCAGACUCUGGUCACCAGCAAGAUCUCCAGACCUUACAAGAUGGCGGCCACUCAGACUGGCACUUGCCUCAUGGUGGCAGCCUUGUGCUUCGUUCUGGUGCUGGGCUCCCUGGUGCCCUGCCUUCCUGCGUUCUCUUCUGGCUCAAAGACUGUGAAGGAAGAUCCUAUUGCAGCUGACAGCGUCUACACAGCCAGUCAGAUGCCCUCCCGAAGCCUACUGUUCUAUGAUGAUGGGACGGGUUUGUGGGAAGAUGGCCGAGGCGCCCUACUGCCUGUGGAGCCCCCAGAAGGCUGGGAGCUCAAACCCGGGGGGCCAGUAGAGCCAAGGCCCCAGGACCACCUCCGACAUGACUAUAUGGACAGCACCCAUGAGACCACCAAGUACUUGAGUGAGACCUGGCCAGAAGAUGCUAACGACAAUGGCACCAGCCCCAACUUCUCCCACCCCAAGGAGUGGUUCCAUGACAGGGAUCUGGGCCCCAAUACCACCAUCAAACUCUCCUAGGCCUCUCCGAGACCCAGGACACAGGACGGACACCCUGGCACCCAGAAGAGGCAUUCUCUUGCUCACCGACCCAGAUCCAGCUCCUACCCCUGUCCUGGAGCCUUCUGCCCCAGGAGAAAGGGUCUUUCUUCUCCCCAG